AUGGACCGAAUGAUUGCCAACUUCUUCACCCGCGCACGCACCCAAUCGGGCUAUUUUCUAGAUAUCCCCCGUGCAGCUAUGUCCUAUGCACUCUCCUGUUCCAUUGAACUGUGGGCCGUCCAUCUGACCCGAGCUGAAUCCACGGUGCCAACACCAGAGGCCGAGUUCGAGAUCCCGUAUCUUCGCAAAACGCUAAGCGCGGCUUCUGAUGCUCUCACCCCCAGCUCAUCUCGCCCGCCACCUAUUUCUCACAUCAUCCAAGCUCACGUCCUUUUGUGCAACUACUUCUUCCGAAAUGUUCGCAUUGUAGAGGGAAAGUAUCAUCUUGCGACGGCUGUAGGCCUGGUUGUUGGUGCAGGGCUGCAUAAGCGGGACCAUCAGACGACGACGGAGCGAAUCAAGGCGUUCUGGACGGUAUACGCCUUGGAUUGCUGUUGGGCUGUCGCUGACGGGUCAUCGUCGAACUUUCCCGGUCACAUUCAAGACGAAGUUGACAUCCCUUGGCCGAAUGAAGCUUACGCGGCUGCACAGGGGCAAGGCACGAUAUCUGCCUUUCUUGAUUUAACACUCGUCACAUCAAACGCUACGUCCUUCGAGUCAUUGCGUACGAAAGCUGCGACUCUCCUUGAACGUGCCGCCAAACUCGUAUCAAACUAUCAGUACGCUACAUCUCCCGAUGACCGGCAUCUCUUUUCUUUAUCGUUCAUGAACCUGGAUGCUAUCAUACAACGGUUCCGACAAUCACUUCAAGAGUACCCGGCCGAACAGCUCCCGCUUUUGCUUGCGUGCAUGGCCACAAUCCAACUCCAUAGUCCUUUUGCUUUCGCUCUGGAUCCGGAUCCGGAGGCCGAACUCUCAAGACGCAGGAUUUUUGAUGCGGCAAGGGACAUCAUAGGAAGCUUCGAUGGGCUACAGCUUGGUCUUAACUUGGUAGACCCGAUCAUUGGGACGUUGCUCACGGCUGCCUGUCGAGUUCUAUUAUCGACUAUUGGAUUCCAACGGAGUCAUCGCCCUGAAUCAACAGGACCACACCUACGGCGCGCUCCGCAACCUAUUCCAGAGCCCGUCCUCCAUGGUGCUGUUGACCGUGUUUUGGCUAUCAUGGCUAGUCUUGCGCCGGGUUGCAAGAUAAUCGAUGCACAGAUGAACAUGAUGAGAGAGGCGUAUCGCUUGUUGGCCUGA